AAGGAAGAAGGAGUGAGACCCUCUUGGGAGAUCUGAAGCAGUGAGACUGAGUGACGGAGGGAGGAGGAGACAGAAGACAGGUGGAGAGGGAGAGAUACAGAGAGAAAAUAUUUCACAUUUACUAGAGAGGUAAUCGAGAGGUAAUCUGUAGAUUAAUUUGGACGAAUCUACUUUGUAUGGUAUUGAUUAUCUCGUCAACUUGGGCCUUGAGUGGUUCUUUGAAUUCUCUGCCAACUUUCUGGUUUGCAAACUCCUCCACAAGUGAGCCACAAUGCAGCAGCUCUGGCUCUCUCUGCUGUCUGGCCUUUGCCUUCGCCUGGUUUUCCUCUGCAGUGCCGAGGAGGGUCUCGAGUUCCCCAAUUUCGACGGGAAGGACAGGGUGCUGGACAUCAACGAGCGCAACUACAAGAAGGCUCUAAAGAGAUACGACCUGCUGUGCCUGUUCUACCACGAACCGAUGCCCGCCAACAAGGGCCUGCAGAAGCGGUUCCAGAUGACGGAGCUGGUGCUGGAGCUCACAGCUCAGGUCCUGGAGAACAAGGACAUCGGUUUUGGGAUGGUGGACUCUCAGAGGGAUUCCAAAGUAGCCAAAAAACUGGGUCUGGAGGAGGUGGGCAGCUUGUACGUCUUCAAGGACGACCGUGUCAUCGAGUUUGACGGGGAGCUCUCCGCAGACACGCUGGUGGAGUUUCUGUUGGAUGUGCUGGAGGACCCAGUGGAGAUGAUCAAUACUGCCAUGGAGCUGCGAGCCUUCGAGAGGAUGGAGGAAGACAUCCGCCUCAUCGGCUACUUCAAGGGAGAAGAUUCAUACUACAAAGCUUUUCAGGAGGCCUCGGAGCGGUUUCAACCUUACAUCAAGUUCUUUGCAACAUUUGAUAAAUCUGUCGCCAAACAUCUCUCUCUCAAGAUGAACGAGGUGAAUUUUUACGAGCCGUUCAUGGAGGAGCCGGCCAUCCUGCCUGGCAGACCUCUGUCGGAGAUGGACAUUGUCGAUUUUGUCAACCAACACAGAAGGGCUACUCUGAGGAAGCUCCGUGCAGAGAAUAUGUUUGAAACAUGGGAGGACGACAUGGAUGGAAUACAUAUUGUUGCUUUUGCCGAGGAGGAGGAUCCAGAUGGCUAUGAGUUCCUGGAGAUCCUGAAAGACGUGGCCAGAGACAACACCAACAACCCAGAGCUCAGCAUCGUCUGGAUCGACCCCGAUGACUUCCCUCUGCUCACCACUUACUGGGAAAAAACCUUCAAGUUGGACCUGUUCAGACCUCAGAUUGGUGUGGUCAAUGUCACAGAUGCGGACAGCGUGUGGCUGGACAUGUCGAAUGACGAGGACCUGCCCACUCCUGAAGAGCUGGAGGACUGGAUAGAGGACGUCUUGUCUGGGAGGGUGAACACGGAGGACGAUGACGAGUCUGCUGAUGACCGGGAAAACCCCGACAGCUACGUACCAGAGGACAGCUAUGAAAGUCACGACCCAGACGGUGAAGACGACAGUGAUGACUAACCAGAGUGUGGACGGUUGGUGUGCUGCAGUUCAAAAAAAAGGGUCAAAACACUGAACUCCUUUCAGCACAUUAGAAUCAGAUCACUGACAAAUCCUCUCUUUUUUUAAUCAUUUAAAAGAAAAUGAAUGGUUUCCUAAAUAUAUACUCUCUGUAGACUGUGGUUUAAAUAGUUAGGCAGAUAACACAUAACACAUUAAAGGUCAUCAUGGGAAACGUGUGGUUUAUAACAACGAUAACACGGCACAUGAAGCAGCAAUACUCCUGUACUUACCAAGGAUCAAGAUAGCAAAAUACUCAAGACCCUCUUAAUGAUUUUUGGCCACUUGGGGGCAGAGCACUAAACUGUGAAUACUGUAAUGUCAGUUACUACCCUUUAAGUUUCUUUGAAAACACACUACCAACUUUCCUAUUCACACAUCCAACAGAUAUGGAGCGAUGCUAGCAUUCACGUGGAGUCAAACCAUAAAUGAUACUCUAACGCAACUUCUGUGGAAAUGUCUGAAAAACUUUUAGCUGCUGUAUGCUCAACUAUGCUCCCCAGCUAAAUGCUAACUUUGCCUAUCAAAGGUUUAGUGCCGAACAGGUAACAUUUGGAGGGUUUUUAGAGCUUCUCAGAACAAUGGAAACUAUGCUAAAUAAAGGAUGUGGGUCAUGAAACCAAAAUAAAGACCAGAAAGACGAUAAAAGGCCCAAAACAUCAAACCGACAUUGAUGAACUACUGGUGACUCGGGCCAACUGUUAAGCCGCCUCGCUUUGCUUUUGUCUUAGCCAAAAAGUUGCGAUUAAACACACCAAAAAGACGGCAGCCAACGGUAAACUGGUACGUACGUUCGGUCAUGUGUUUAUCGUCAUUCAAAAAGAGAAACCGGAAAACCGACAACGGAUUUAAAAUGCUAGUUAUCCAAGUAGCACAUUAACAGCACAACCUAUUGUAAAAAGGACAAAUGAUAUUUACAGUGGGCUGGCAAACAAUCACAAAACCAAACCGUUUCUGCGAAAAAAAUUCUUCCUCAAUAUAACAAGUGUUUCGAUCUCGUGCUCUCUUGGCUUUAGCCGUCCGUUUGCUUUCCUGACUUCUGUUUCCCUCCUCGUGUGCUGAGCUGAACUGCCAAUCAGAGAGAUUUCACUCACUGCCAUCACAACAUGCUGAACUGGCUGAAAAUCCACCAAAAACAGCCAUCAAGAGCAAACUAGUGCCAACAUUGUGGUACGCUGUAAAAACUAGAACAAAAAACGCUCACCUUCGGCCCACAUUUACCAAUGGACAGCCUAACAUUGGCUUGGUGUGUCAGGGCCCAAAAGAUAAAAGGGAGUUUGUCACUAUGAGUGACAUCUAUCAAUUACGCAUACGCCACUAUAAAAAAAAAAAUCAACUGUAGCAUCUUUAAUAUUGACAUAACUGAUUAGAUAAUUAUGAGGAAUUGUGUGAAUAUAUAUCAAUGUGAAAUUAAAUUAUGAAUGUUUUCAUUCGUUUGCCUAGAAUAAGGCCAGAAUUGAUUUCUUGUGAUUAAUUCAGGACCUAAUAAAAG